AUGUCCCAGGAAAAGCGCAAGCCGGGCUGCCGGCACAUGCGAUGGUCGAUUAAACAAGGCCACCUACUGCCCCAAUACUCGGUGGUCCUGAAGCUCGCAUUUCCGCCAAACGAUCGAGCGUGGAGGACGCGGGCGGCCGUCAAUAAAUGCGACGAGGAUCAGUGCCGCUCCAACCCCUACGAGCUACUGGCCUGCCUGGAUUGCAGUUUCGUUGCUUGCAUCGAACACCUCCCGGCCCAUUUUGUAGAGGACGUUAAAGAUGUGCAACACAAAUUCGCCGUAUCGUUUACGCAGGGCGAAGUGUUCUGCGGGCGCUGCCUGCGUUUUGUUACGCACAAGAAAGCAACGAAAGUGAGAACCAGAGUUCUUGAACAAUACCAACAAGUUAUGGGCUUCUCCAUGAACCCGCGCUUUGAGCCGAUCCAACGCAGAAGACACGGCACUGGUUUUGCGCUGCGUAUGGACGAUCAUUAUUUGCGUGGCAUCGUCAAUCUCGGCAACACCUGCUAUAUGAACUCGAUUAUACAAGCACUCGUGAACAUACCGGCCCUCCGAGAUUUUUUCCUCUCCGGGUUGCAUCAGCACGAGGGCGGGGAAUUGGCGGAUUGUAUGUUGUGCAUCAUCCAGGACGCGUUUCAGAAUCUCGUUGCUGUCGAGUACGAGACACCUGUGGUCCUCAAGCAACUUCUGGGCGCUCUUUGGGGGUCCUCGGCACAUUUGGCCGGAUAUCAUCAGCAAGACGCUCACGAGUUCCUGGUGACAAUUUUGGAGCUGAUGCACAAGGCAUUGCGACCGGAUGACAAGACGGCUUCACACGUCGGCCAGUGCAACUGUAUCAUCGACCAGCUGUUCAGCGGCGUCAUGCAGUCUAGCUUGUCGUGCGAGCGAUGCGGUCAUCGUUCCCUGCGCGACGAGCCCUUUCUCGACAUUGGCCUUCAUUUGACUGACCAGCCGACAACGCUCGAGGAGUGCCUGGAACGAUAUAUUCACAAAGAAUUGGUCGCCUGCACGACCUGCGAAAAAUGUGGCGAACGCGGGCUGCAGAAGCAGAUGACGUUCAGACGAAUGCCAGUAAUCGCCGUUUUCCAACUGAAACGCUUCGAGCACUUUGGGGUGACGAGGAGGAAGAUCAACUCGCCGGUCAAGUUUCCGAAAACCCUAAAUAUGACCAAAUUCCUGGCCGCCUACCACGAGAACCCGGCCAUCUUUGACGAAAAAGGCGCGCAGGGGAUGUUAAACACGUACUACAAUAACUAUGAACUUUAUGCGGUUGUGCAGCACACGGGCUCGUUGGAUACUGGCCACUACACGAGCUAUAUUCGACGAGGGCACAAGUGGUUCCACUGCGAUGAUGAUCUGGUCUAUCGAGCCCCUCGGCGCCAAGUCACAAAAUCAGACUGCUACCUGCUGUUCUACCAGGUGUCCCAGAUCAAGCGCGUGCCUCGCCCGCCACCAGCGAAGAAAAAGCUUCACGUACUUUUCCGCUUCCAGAAAGCCCCCAAACCCUGCCAGCUCCGCCGUCACCCGUUCAAACUGGGCUCCUCGGCCGCAGCUAGCUCCACCAAAAAAUGCAAGAUCGCCAAGCGGCUGCUGAAGCCAAAAAAGAAGGGGAUGAAACAGACAAAACAGCUGGGGGCAAAGGUGAAGAGGACGCUCGCCAGCCGCUCAAACAAGCCCGGACCUUCGACGUCGACGCAAUGUUCGCAGAAGCCCGCAGGUCAGCCCAAAGCCAUUUCGCUGAAAGUGCGCUGGCCCGCGGGGAAGAUCAGGAAGGGUGCAGGUGCGGCUGGAGAUGCAGCUAGACCUGUAGAUGAGGACAGUGAUGAUGAUUUUAUGCCUGCUCUUCCUCCCGGCAUGGCCGCAAAGAAGGCGGCGGCCAAGGACGAAUCCGAUGAUGAUUACGACUUUGCUGACUACGCCGGCGAAGGGUUGCCCGUCAUCAAGCUCAUCCCGACGGCCUGCGAAUCGGUGAUGAAGCACGGGAAUUUGGCGGCCACUGCUAUUGCUUUUGACGUCCCUGGCACUCGGUUCGUCGUCGGCGGCUAUGAUUAUCAGCUGUCGGUGUUCGAGUUUCAAAAGAUGGACCGCACGAUGAGAGCCGAUAAUGUUGUCAAUCCGUGUGAGGAGAACAUCAUUCACCACGUUUCCUUCGCCCCGAAUGGGGAGCACCUACUCGUAUGUAACGGCAGCCCGCAGGUGAUCAUCCUGGAUCGCCGGGCGGCAAAGUGUGGCGAGACGGUUCGAGGUGACCAGUACCUCGUUGAUUUGUCAAAUACAAAGGGCCACACCGCCACGGUCACCUGCAGCGUCUGGAAUCCGAUGGUCAGGGGCGAAUUUGUCACCUGUUCUUCCGACGGCUCGAUUCGCUUCUGGAACGUUGACGACUUUAAGGACAUCACCCGACAGAUCAACAAGCAACGCAGGUUGAUCAAGGUGAAAAACCAGGGCGGCAAGCGCGCGCAGCCGAUCUGCAUCGCCCUGUCGACCGACGGGAAAUUGGUGGCGGCCGGUUGUCAGGAUGGCUCGCUGCAAGUGUGGAAAAAUCAGAAAAUUGUGGUGAGCACUACCUACUUGGUUCGCGGGGCGCACAGCGCCGAGGUGACGUGCGUCAAAUUUUCGCCAGACAGCAAGAGAAUUCUUACCCGAGGCAAAGACGGUGCGUUGAAGCUGUGGAGCCUCACCGACAACAAGGCCCCGUUGCGCAUGCGCUCCGGGUUGUUGACGGAUUGGAAAGAGUCUGACUGCGGCUGGUCUCCGCGCGGGGAAUUAGUAUUCGCCUGCUGCUCCCCCGAAACCGAGACUGGCGCCGGCUCGCUCGUCUUCCUCGACCCGGAGACGUUCGAUAUCGUCUACCGCAUCGAGUACCCCGACGGAGUGAGCGCCAUCCGCUGCAUCUGGCACCCGCGGCUGAACCAGAUUUUGGUGUCGCUCUCUGACGGUUCCCUACGGCUCUACUACGAUCCGGCCACGUCGCACAUGGGCGCGCUGACGUGCGUGACGAAGCCGCUGCGUCGCGUUCGCGCCCAGGAGGUGAUCAAGGAGGAAAUGGUGCUUGCGCCGCUGGCCCUCGAGAUGUUCCAAGGGCGCGGCGAGGAGCCGGAGGAGAAGGACGUGACGGAAUACCGGUUGAAGAAGUACCUGAGGAUGAAGGACAACGAGCUGCGCCCGGCCUUCCGGAAACCGGCCGAUAUGCCGUUGAGUGGGCCGAGUACUGGUGGACGAGUCAACUCGACGGGUGGCACGCUGCACGCCUACCUCGCUCAGCAGAUGGGUAUGGAGCGGAACAAGGACUUUUUGGCCGACAAUGACGUCAGGGCUAGCAUCCUCCGGCACGCCGAGGCGGCCGAAGCCGACCCCCAGUACAUCAGCAAGGCCUACCGCAAAACGCAGCCGGUGCCAAUUUUCCAAGAAAAGACGACGGGUCCCGAAGAGGACGAGGAGGAGGAGGAGCGCUACACGCCCGCCAUGAAGCGCCCAAAGCAGUCC